AUGAUGACAAUACAGGCCGAAAAGUUUACGCCAGAGGUGCUCCUCUCGGCGCCACGGCGCUCGCCUGGCGUGCCCAAUGCCAUAGGCGAGCUCGUCUUAUACACGGUCUCGACAUACUCCUUCGACACCCACUCCAAGACGGCGCAGAUCCGCGUCCUCAACAUCAAAGAGGGAACGUCGCACCUGAUCUCCGAAGAUUCCGCAGCCAGCGACCCAAUCUGGAUCGGCGAAAAGGAGAUUGCCUAUGUCAAGAGCCUCGACAACGGUGCCUCGGCACUGGUGGCGCAACAUGUUCUCGAUCCAAAUGACGGAAGCAUCUCCAGUCUAAAGGCUAAGCCUUUGUCCGCAGACAAGGUGGCCUUCUGCGCUGUCGCUCUGACAACCCCCGAUGGGCAAAUGUACACCCCGGCUUCGGAACCCAAGUCUCACACAUCAGCCAAGAUCUACACGUCCCUAUUUGUGCGACACUGGGACUCCUGGAACACCGAAAACAAAAACUCGCUUUGGUACGGCCAGCUGGAGAAGGUUGACGGGAAAUGGACUCUUGGAAACUCGGCCCUUACCAACCUGCUUGCCGGCACUGCUCUCAGCUCUCCUGUGCCUCCAUUUGGAGGUGCCGGCGAUUUCGAUGUAUCCUCGACUGGCAUUGUCUUUGUCGCAAAGGAUCCUGAAUUGAACCAUGCUAGAAACACCAAGACUGACCUCUACUUUGUUCCCCUGGCUUCAUUCUUGGACAAGCCCAGCUUCCCCCAGAUUGUAAAGACGGGAAGGUUGCUCGGAUACUCAAGCUCUCCCGUCUUUUCGAACGAUGGCAAGCAGGUUGCCUUCUUGCGCAUGAAAUCCCAGCAAUAUGAGGCAGACAAGACGAGGCUCUUGCUGAUUCCGGAUGUAACCGAUCUGAGCAACGUUCAGGAAUUCUACGAGACAGAGGAUGAUAAGGGAGGUUGGGACUGUAGGCCCGAUUGGAUCGUCUGGAGCCACGACAACAAGGAAUUGUAUGUUGCGGCAGAGAAGCACGCCCGCGUUGUCCUGUGGAAGCUCCCAUCCUCACCGCUGGAAGCCAAAUCUCUUCCUACCCCAAUCCACGAGGAUGGGUCUGUCGCCGAGGCGAGAGUUCUCGGUAGCAGCUCAUCGCUGUUGAUUACAACGAGGUCGCGAGUCGAAAGCUCCAACUACUCGAUCCUUGAUCCUGAAUCUAAAUCGGCCACUACCAUCUCUUCAAGCUCGAAACAGGGCCGAACUUUCUCCCUCAACAGAUCACAGUGCCAGGAGAUUUGGUACAAGGGCUCAAAGGGUUAUCCCAUCCAUGCUUUAGUCACCUUACCCUCGACCUUUGACUCCUCCAAGAAGUAUCCUCUGGCUUUCUUCAUCCAUGGCGGUCCUCAAGGUGCUUGGGGAGACGACUGGAGCACUCGGUGGAACCCAGCCAUUUUUGCCGAGCAGGGCUACGUCGUUGUGAGCCCCAACCCGACUGGUAGCACGGGCUAUGGUCAAGACCAUACCGAUGCUAUCCAGAACAACUGGGGUGGCGAUCCUUAUGUGGACUUGGAACUAUGCUUUGAGUAUCUGGAGAAGGAAGUGAGCUACAUAGACACAACCAGGGCUGUGGCUCUCGGUGCGUCUUAUGGAGGCUACAUGAUUAACUGGAUCCAGGGCCAUGAUCUUGGACGAAAGUUCAAGGCAUUGGUAUGCCACGAUGGAGUCUUUUCGACUCUCAACCAGUGGUCUACGGAAGAGCUGUUCUUCCCUGAGCAUGACUUUGGUGGCACCCUCUGGGAGAACAGGGAGGGCUACGAGAAGUGGGAUCCCGCCAAGCACGUUGGAAACUGGGCCACGCCGCAGCUGGUCAUACACAACGAGCUCGACUACCGCCUGCCCAUUUCCGAGGGGCUGGCCAUGUUUAACGUCCUUCAGGCUCGUGGCGUGCCAAGCAAGUUCGUCAUGUUCCCAGACGAGCAUCACUGGGUGCUGAAGCCAGAGAACUCUUUGGUCUGGCACAGGGAGGUGCUGAACUUUAUCAACAAGUACAGUGGAAUCUCUGAAGAGAAAUAA